UUUUCUCUUGUCUCUCAGUGGCGUCUCCUCCUAAUCUCUUCCACAAAACUGUGACAAAGAAGAGAUCAGUGAUUGAUUUGAUUACUCGAUGAACGAUCUAGAAAACAAAGAGAAGCCCGAGAACGAACACGUGGUUGAAUCGGCUAUGUCGUCGUCGGCGGCGGCGAUUGAUGGAGUGGCGGCUUUGAGAUCGGUGUUUCAGCGAGUAAACCAAGCGGCGGAGAAAGCGGGUCGUGCGUCGGAUCGAAUACGGGUCGUAGCGGUGAGCAAGACGAAACCAGUUUCUCUGAUUCGACAAGUCUACGACGCUGGUCAUAGGUCUUUUGGAGAGAACUAUGUGCAAGAGGUCAUCGAGAAGGCGCCUCAGCUUCCAGAAGAUAUAGAGUGGCAUUUCAUUGGGAAUUUGCAGAGCAACAAAGUGAAACCUUUACUAGCUGGAGUGCCUAACCUUGUGAUGGUGGAAAGUGUUGAUGAUGAAAAGAUUGCAAAUACGCUUGAUCGUGUGGUUGGAAACAUCGGAAGAAAACCCUUGAAGGUCUUGGUCCAAGUGAAUACCAGUGGCGAAGAAUCUAAAUUCGGGGUGGAACCCUCAGGAUGCGUAGGACUGGCGAAACACGUGAAGGAAGCUUGCUCCAAUCUCGAGUUUUCUGGGUUGAUGACUAUAGGGAUGGCUGAUUACACUUCAACCCCAGAGAAUUUCAAGUUGCUUGCGAAAUGCAGAAGUGAAGUGUGUAAGGAGCUUGGAAUACCGGAGGAGCAGUGUGAGCUAUCUAUGGGGAUGUCUGGUGACUUUGAGUUAGCCAUUGAACUGGGAAGCACAAAUGUGAGAAUAGGGUCUACAAUUUUUGGGGCGAGAGAGUAUCCUAAGAAGAUAUGAAGUAAACUGAACCAGGUGAUGAGAUUGAUUUUUAAGUCUGAACAAGAGACUGAGGUUUUUAAGUGUCUUUUUAAUUUGUACUAGGAUCGGACUCGCGUGCUGGGAAUUUUUACAGAUACAUAAGACUCGUAACAUCCCGAUAAACAACCUGCAAAGACUUGUAAAACCCAACACAUCACAAGAAUAGAUCGUAAGAUGAUAAGUUUAGUGUUUGAUGAGAGAAAGAGGAAGAGAGUACGUUUACCAUCAUGAGAGUUAAAAUAUUGACAAUAUAUUUGCCUUUAUUUAUAAAGAAAGAAAAUAAGUGUGUCCAACCAAAUCAAAACAAAAUAUUUGAUAUCA